UUUCUCUCGGGUCGACUUGGCCAUCAUAGUUGAGGAGGGGGGUUGUUUGUUGUUGUUUUGAUUGCAAACGAAUCUCUUCAUUGUUCGGGCGUGCAAAAACUUCCAGCAGAAAUCAACGAAAGGAGCAUUCUUCGAAGUGGUUUUCUAUCAAGUUUCUGAAAUAGAACCAAAGACAUUCUCAAAAAUGGACACUUCCAUAGCCCCAAAUCCCGUGCUAGAAGGUGGGGUAAUAGAGAUUCCCUCACCAACAGAACUACCAAAACAGAAAAGUGAACGACUUGUAGACCCGGGCCAAAUUGGCUUGCGCGUAGUUUAUGAGCCGACCAAAGUUCCUGGUAGCAAGACAGGCCGCAUUGACGCCGAUGUCAUUUGCGUUCAUGGACUUGGCGCAGAUCCGGACUGGUCAUGGAGAGACAAAUCGUCCGGAGUCAGCUGGAUCAAACACCCUGAAAUGCUUCCAGCCGCUAUACCCAACGCUCGUAUUCUUCGCUAUGGAUAUGAUGCCAAAUGGUGGGGACAAGAAUCAGCCAUCAAAUCGCGAGUUCCGGAUUUGGCAGUAGAGCUACUGCAUGAUCUUAAAAAUGAGCCCGAUAGAACAGAACAUCCUCAACGACCCCUCAUUUUCAUUUGCCAUUGUUUUGGAGGUCUGAUUGUCGAGAAGGCAAUAUGCACAUCAAGACUUGACGAGGGGAGAUUCCCAAACAUCUUCAAGGCUUCCAGGGGUCUAGUGCUGCUGGGCACUCCCCACCGCGGAACAGGAGAUUUCACUUCCCAAGCGCUGAUCCUCCGGAUCAUCAAUGCAGAGAUCCCAGUAGAGUUAAGCAUCGUAGAUGUGUUAAAACCCAAGAACGAAACACUCAUCGAUCUGUUCGACGACUUCACCAACCUCAUCGCCGAUGACAAAAUUCGUCUUCACCUGCGAGUCUUUUGCUUCUUUGAGCAAAAGCCUACUACAGCCUCGGACGUUCUUAGCAAAGUACAGGGUGGUGAGAAACUUGACAAGAGUGUUGUGAGGGAGUUCAUCGUGGAUCGAGAAUCCGCGAUUCUCCCGGGGUAUGACAAAAGGGGUUUGCCUGUUAACCAUUUUCAGUUGAACAAAUUCUCUAAGCCGGAUGAUGGCUAUUACGUACGAGUAAAAGUGGUGAUCGUUGACAUGGUCAAGAAUGCGUUGGUUUUGCCUGAUAACUUGCAGAAGCCAGUGAGGGCUCCAUCAGUCCGGGUGUUCAGACCAGCGACAGCCAUGCCCCCGUAUGACAAAGCCAGGUACUUUGAAGGCCGGAAAGAGAUAUUAGAGCACAUCAAGAGGAAACUCGCAAAACCAGAACGUCACAUGGUAGUUUUGCAUGGACCGCCAGGAGUAGGCAAAACUCAUAUUGCUGUUCAUUACGCCCACAGCUACGGAGAAAAGAUCACAACCAGCAGAGUCUUCUGGAUCGCAUCAAGAACUUUCGAUGAGUUCCAGCGAGCCUAUAUCAAAAUCGGAAACCUCCUUGCGGUCCCUGGCAUCACAGACACAGAAAAUGACCCGUUAAACCUCAUAAAAGCUCAUCUCAGCGAGGAAUCGCAAGGAGGCCAUUGGCUGAUGGUACUUGACGGCGCCGACGAACUGGACAGCAAGGACUUGAAACGCAUGAAAGAUUACAUUCCAUCCAGUCCUCUUGGCGCUAUACUUGCAACGACAUGCAAGCGCUCCGUAGCCAAAACUUUGGCUUUCAAGUCAGAGGAUAUCUUGGACGUUGUGCCUUUUUCACAAACUGAAACCUUUCCUUUUUUUAGGAGAGAGUUGACCCAAAAGAGGAUUUCCGACGAUGAGGUUUGUGAUCUUCAUGCGGAGUUGCAGGGUCUACCGCUGGCAAUUGUACAGGCUGCUGCGUAUCUUACGCGCUGCCCGACUAUUACUGCUUCAGAAUAUCUGCAAAAGUUGUCUACUUACAAGUCUGACAUCGCCAAAACCGGGAUACUUGGCACGGCGCACAUAUCAUUCUGCCACAUUAGCAAUACCGAACCAUUCGUCGCAGACCUCGCUCGUAUGGCCGCCAUGUUUGACUUUCAGACCAUCCCCCGCCGCUUGCUACGGUACUACAAUGACAGGGUGAACGAGUUCUGCGAUUUAAUGAGAGAAUUCUUUCUCAUAGACGUUACAAAUGACAUGGGCGAAGUUAGUCUAAGCCAACUUGUACGAUCAACUAUCAAAAGCUUGACUAUAUCGCACGAACCGCUUACAGAUACCCUGUCUGAAGAGUUUCCCUCCUUGGAUUUGGCAAAAGUUGCGCUUAUUCAAGUACCAAAAUGCGGCGUACUUCUACCAUACGCACAAGCCGUUCUUCGCCUAGAAGCAGACCCGACAACAAACGACGGCAAGAGAUCUCGCGCCAACCUCCUCUUCAAAACAGGAAAAUACAGCGCCUAUCUCAAAAAAUACGAGCCCGCCAUUCAAGCCCUAAAAGAAGCGCUUCGACUUCGAGAAGAAGAAACCCCACCGGACCCCAAGCUCAUUGAAGAAACAGCAACAACUCUCAACUCGAUCAAGAAACUCUUCAAAUCACCCGACCACCUCUCAGCCCAAGCCAAGGACUCACUUCCUUCCGGAAUAGAUGAUUAUAUCGCUCGUGCCUCAAAGCACAUGAACUCCAAACAACAAUCCGAAAUCGAAACCGAGCUCCUCAAGCACUCCAACGACACCUCGCCCUCCGCCUACAAAGCUUCAGACGCACUAGGAAUCCUCUACGACAAUAGCCUCCAACACACCGCUGCCAUCGCACGACAUGAAAUUGUACACGACUGGUGCUUAAAGACAUAUGGACCCAAGAAUCUAGAGACCUAUCGACAAGUCUACAAGAUAGGCCGGAAUCUUGAGCUUCGAGGUAAAUUUCCCGAAGCUGAAGCGAAGUAUAAGGAGGCGUGGGAAGGCACGAAAGAGUGCCUAGGCGAGAGCCAUCCUGAAGCCUCGAGGAUUUUAUGUAGUCUCGCAACAGUGUAUAGUAAGAUCGGAAAACGAGUCGAGGCAAGAGAUGCGUUUGAGAAAGCUUUAUCCCUCCAAGGGGAGGAACCGGGGCCGAAACAUGCAGACACGUUGUUGACGAAGCAUAACUACGCUAUAUUUCUGCAAAGGGAGAACGUGGAGGCGGCGGGGGAGAUGUUAGGCAGAGUUUUGAUAGAGCAAGAGCAGAUUCCGGGCCUGGGGAGUGGACAUCCGGAUACGUUGAGGACGGCGAGUAAUCUGGCGGGAAAUUACGAAGUGAGGGGGAUGGGGGAGAAAGCAUUGGAAUUGUGCCGGUUGGUGGCUCCGAGGCAGGUUGAGAGCUUGGGGGUGGAGCAUCCGGAUACAAAGGCUACGCAGGUGUUGAUGGCGAGGAUUCAGGGGUUUAGUAAGUGAGGUUGUGUUUGUUUGAGAUGCCUUCAGGCCAAGUAGAAGCUGCCGAUGUAGGACUUCCCAUCGAGGACGAUGUAUAACAGAUAUUCUUGAAAUUCGCGGGAUUGGUUAACAUGUUUAAAAGUAACCUACCAGUAGGGUUCCGAGAAAUGUUCGU